AUGAAAGAUGAGUUGGAUGCUUUUGAGCUGAAUAAAACUUGGCGUCUUGUUGAUUGCCCUACAGGGGUUAAGCCGGUUGGCUGUAAAUGGGUCUAUUGCAUCAAACGCAAGCCUGAUGGUUCAGUUGAUCGAUAUAAAGCACGCAUUGUGACUAAAGGGUUCACUCAAACUGAAGUCUAUGUUGACGAUAUUGUUCUCACUGGUGCUAAACCUGCCUCUGUUCUAAUGGAUAGUACCACAAGACUAUAUCAAGACAAAAGUCCCCUGCUAUCUGACCCUUUUGUAUAUUGCCGUUUGGUUGGCCGUCUUAUCUAUCUCACCACUACUCGACUGGACAUCAUGUAUGCCACUCAACAAUUAAGUCAAUUCAUGACAUCUCCUACUGAAUCUCAUCUUCAAGCUGCCAAGCAUGUGUUAAGAUAUCUGAAAACUAGUCCCGGCAAAGGACUUUUCUUUCCAAAAGAAUCAGAAAUUCAGCUUCUCGACUUCAGUGACUCUGAUUGGGCCGGAUGUCCUGACACUCGGCAAUCUUUAACAGUUUAUUGUUUCUUCUUAGGCAGUUCUUUAAUCUCUAGGAAGACCAAGAAACAAAUCACCGUUGCUCGCUCGCUCAUCCACGAAAGCAGAAUAUCGUGCACUUGCCAACACAACUUGUGA